AUGGCAACGGGUUUCCAGGCGAAGCUCUCCGCAACCAGGAGGCGUACAGUGGCCAACGCCAAGACAAAGUCUCAUCUUGACGGUUGGGUCCUCGAACGACAGGCGACGUCCUUCGCAAACGAAAAGGGUACUUGGUCCAACAUCGACUCUGAUGUAACCCCUCUGGAAAGAAGGACUUGGGGCUCAUGGUCGCUACUCGGCUUCUGGUGCAGUGAUGCUCUGAACGCCCAAGGCUGGGAGGGACCUAGUGCUAUCAUUGCAGCUGGGCUGACCUGGAGAGAGGCUUUCUACCUUUCGAUCACUGGAGGUAUGGUCGAUGCCAUACCGCUAAUGCUCAAUGGCGCUAUUGGGGCUCACUAUCACAUUCCAUACCCCAUCGUCGCUAGAGCAUCUUUCGGCUACUAUCUCGCGCGCUUCGCAGUCGUCACGCGGAUGGCAACGGCGCUUUUCUGGCAUGCGAUACAGUCCUGGACCGGCAGUACAGCUACAUUUCAGAUGAUCCGAGCUAUCUGGCCAGGAUUCUUGCGCGUAACCAAUCGCCUACCUGCAAGCGCAGGUAUCACAUCUAACGAGUUGAUCGCUCAUAUCGUCUUCUUCUGUAUCCAGUUUCCCAUCUUGUUGACUCCGCCACACAAACUCAAGUGGUUUUUUGCCUUCAAGACUUUGAUCGUCCCAGUCGUCAGUGUAGCUACCGUCGUGGUGAUGGUACGCAAGGCUGGAGGAGUCGGUGAUAUCUGGCACCAAGAGUACACCAAAUCAGGCUCAGCCCGCUCAUGGAUCAUCCUCAACAACUUUUCGUCGCAGUGUGGAGGUUGGGCCACCAUGGCCACCAACAUCCCAGACUUUACCCGGUAUAUGCACAACAGCAGGGGUGUGUAUUGGCAGGCUCUCUUCCUGCCUGUCAUCAAUCUACUAAUGUCAAUGUUCGGUGUCAUCAGUACCUCCUGCGCCAAGAUCGUCUACGGUGAGUAUAUCUGGUCUCCACUCGAGCUGGCCGCACAGUGGGAUGGCCCAGGUGGUCGAUGUGGAGCUUUCUUCGUCGGCUUCUGCUGGGUUGUCGCCCAGAUUGGCACGAACUUAUCCGCAAGCGUCAUCUCGUGCUCCAACGACCUGAUCAGUCUGUUUCCAAAAUACAUCAACAUGCGACGUGGUGUUGUCCUCACCACGUUCACGUCCUGCUGGAUCAUGGUCCCUUGGAAGAUCGUCUAUUCCGCGAACUCAUUACUCACAUUCAUGUCUGGCUUGGCCAUUUUCCUUGCGCCAAUCGCUGCUUUACUUUGCACAGAUUACUGGAUCGUAAAGAGUCGCAACUUCGACGUUCCCGCACUGUACCGUCGCCGAGACCGCUACUGGUAUACGUUCGGAAUCAAUUGGCGUGCCGCCGCUGCUUUCCUCGUUGCUGUUGUGCCAAACACCCCUGGCCUAGCAAAGUCUGUGAAUCCGAAUGUUGUUAUCAACGAUAGCAUCCAGCAUAUAUACGACAUGAAUUACCUUUACGGAUUUUGUAGUGCGGCCAUCGUCUAUCAUGUUCUCAAUCGAGUGUUCCCGGCAAACGAGACGCUACUGGACCAUCCCAUCUACGAGGACAUAGUCGUCCAAGAUGGCGUUGCGAUUGUCAACGAUGGGGUUCAGCUCAGCAACGAACUGGGAACAGAGAAGCAUGCAGCGAUGACUUCUGUCACACACCUUCCAUCGCCCUAA